AUGGACCUUCUAAAUGAUCCAGCAAAUGAUCGACAUGUAAAAACUCUAAAGCCUCCUCCUCAUAGACCUUUGACGAAGAACCUCAUGUUUCCAGAGAAAUUGAAAAGUAUUUAAAAAAUUAAUAAAACAAGACAAACCAGAUUGGAAAUUACUUAGAGAUCAUCUUCAAAAGGAAGGUAGAGUGUCUAAAGAAGACCUUUAUAAAUUAGUUGGAGAUUGCAAUAAAUUAUUAAGUAUAAGUAUUAGCAAUAGUCUAGAGAAUGAAGGGAAUGUAAUAUAUUUACAAGAUCCACUUACAGUUGUUGGAGACAUACAUGGGUAAGAUUAAAAAUUAUAUUAGACAAUACUAUGAUUUAUUAAAACUACUAGAACCUAAGGUUGGAGGGAAUCCUGAGACAACUAAGUAUUUUAAUGCAUAAUUUUUAGAUAUUUGUUUCUUGGAGACUUUGUUGAUAGAGGAUCUUAUUCUAUAGAAGUAAUAAUCUUGCUUUAUGCAAUAAAACUGAAUUAUCCAAACACUAUAUAUUUUUUGAGGGGAAAUCAUGAAUGCAGAUAACUCACAGCAUUUUUUAACUUUAAGGAUGAAUGUAAUUACAAUCAUUUAAAAAGGUCUUUAUAAGUAUGAUUAAGAGACUUAUGAUAUGUUGAUGGAUUCAUUCGAUUUAUUUCCUUUAGCUUGCAUAAUCAACUCAAAGUUCAUAGCUAUUCACGGAGGAAUAUCACCUGAUUUAAAAUCUGUAUUUGCUGCGCUUCAUUUUAGUUAGAAGAUAUAAAGAGGCUGGAUCGUUAUCAUGAGCCUCCUAGAAGUGGAUUACUUUGUGAUUUGUUAUGGAGUGAUCCAGUAGAUUAAGAUUAAGGAAAUAUGGAUGGUUAAUGGAAAGGAAAUGAAGUCAGAGGAUGUAGUUGGUUCUUUGGAAGCGAGGCUGCAUCUAAAUUCUUACAGAAAAACAAUCUGAUAUCUAUCAUUCGUGCACAUGAAGUAAAUUGCAAUGAAAAUUUCAUAAGGCUUAAUUGGAUGGAUAUAAAAUGCAUCGAUGGCAUGGUGGAAAAGAUUUUCCUGUUGUCAUUACUAUAUUCAGUGCUCCUAAUUAUUGUGAUGUUUAUAAUAACAAAGGGGCUGUAAUUAAAUUUGAAGUAACUCCUCUUUNUUGUAUUUUUAAAUAAUUCUCAUUCAUUUUAGGUAUGGUAACUUAUUACAUAAAUUUUAUUUUUGUUUUAUAUAUCUCUUCACAAUUAUUCAAAUUGACUAGUUUUGAAAACUCUAUUUUGAAGGUAUAUUUUUUAAUUUAAACAAUAAAUUCUAAUAAAAUGGACCUUCUAAAUGAUCCAGCAAAUGAUCGACAUGUAAAAACUCUAAAGCCUCCUCCUCAUAGACCUUUGACGAAGAACCUCAUGUUUCCAGAGAAAUUGAAAAGUAUUUAAAAAAUUAAUAAAACAAGACAAACCAGAUUGGAAAUUACUUAGAGAUCAUCUUCAAAAGGAAGGUAGAGUGUCUAAAGAAGACCUUUAUAAAUUAGUUGGAGAUUGCAAUAAAUUAUUAAGUAUAAGUAUUAGCAAUAGUCUAGAGAAUGAAGGGAAUGUAAUAUAUUUACAAGAUCCACUUACAGUUGUUGGAGACAUACAUGGGUAAGAUUAAAAAUUAUAUUAGACAAUACUAUGAUUUAUUAAAACUACUAGAACCUAAGGUUGGAGGGAAUCCUGAGACAACUAAGUAUUUUAAUGCAUAAUUUUUAGAUAUUUGUUUCUUGGAGACUUUGUUGAUAGAGGAUCUUAUUCUAUAGAAGUAAUAAUCUUGCUUUAUGCAAUAAAACUGAAUUAUCCAAACACUAUAUAUUUUUUGAGGGGAAAUCAUGAAUGCAGAUAACUCACAGCAUUUUUUAACUUUAAGGAUGAAUGUAAUUACAAUCAUUUAAAAAGGUCUUUAUAAGUAUGAUUAAGAGACUUAUGAUAUGUUGAUGGAUUCAUUCGAUUUAUUUCCUUUAGCUUGCAUAAUCAACUCAAAGUUCAUAGCUAUUCACGGAGGAAUAUCACCUGAUUUAAAAUCUGUAUUUGCUGCGCUUCAUUUUAGUUAGAAGAUAUAAAGAGGCUGGAUCGUUAUCAUGAGCCUCCUAGAAGUGGAUUACUUUGUGAUUUGUUAUGGAGUGAUCCAGUAGAUUAAGAUUAAGGAAAUAUGGAUGGUUAAUGGAAAGGAAAUGAAGUCAGAGGAUGUAGUUGGUUCUUUGGAAGCGAGGCUGCAUCUAAAUUCUUACAGAAAAACAAUCUGAUAUCUAUCAUUCGUGCACAUGAAGUAAAUUGCAAUGAAAAUUUCAUAAGGCUUAAUUGGAUGGAUAUAAAAUGCAUCGAUGGCAUGGUGGAAAAGAUUUUCCUGUUGUCAUUACUAUAUUCAGUGCUCCUAAUUAUUGUGAUGUUUAUAAUAACAAAGGGGCUGUAAUUAAAUUUGAAGUAACUCCUCUUUUUUUAUUAUAAUAAGAAUAACACUCUGAAUAUCUAACAAUUUUAAUAUACACCUCAUCCUUAUUUAUUGCCAAAUUUUAUGGAUAUUUUCACAUGGUCAAUACCAUUUGUAGCUGAAAAAGUAACUGAAAUGCUUUACAAUUUACUAUAAGUUGGUGAUCAAGUUGAUGAUGAGGAAGUUAAUGAAGAAGAUAUCAAAUAAUUUAAAGAAUUGACUUAAUAAAAUAAAUAAUUUGAUAAGUAAAGCACUGCUGGGUCCAAUACAGCAAAAAGUAUAAUAAUAAAAUUAAUAUAAAAAGAUACAGAAAAAUUGAAAAAGAAGAUUAUAUUUGUAGCAAAUAUGAUAAAGAUGUAAAAGACAUUGAGAGAACAAAGUGAAAGCAUUAUCUAACUUAAAGGAGCAUGUCCUGAUAAAAGAUUGCCCAGAGGUAUUUUGACUGCUGGUAAAUCAGCAAUAAUGGAUGGUAAUUUAUAUAAUAUUUAUAUUUAGCUCUAACUGACUUUAAUUUAGCAAGAAAUGCAGAUAUUGUCAAUGAAAAAAUGCCAACAGUAAUUUAGACACCAUAAUAAUCGAUUUCGAUUAACAAAUCAACUAAUUCUACAACAUCUAAUACAAAGAAAAAGUGAGU